AAACGUGAAGUUCAAAAUUGUCUAAAAUUAUUAUAGAGUACUAUUUAUUGAAUAUGCCAAUCGACCACAAAAGAAUUAAUGGGCCAGAAGACACUCUGCCGUACGAAUUAUUCGCAAAGAAAAACAAGACAUCCUUAUCGGAGUCGUUUGAAGAAAUUUUAAAAAAUGGGAUAAGAAGUGAUUCCAGAUCUUUUCAAGAACACAGAAAAAUUUUUAUCAAAACUGGUGUGAUAAGUCAAGCAAAGGGUUCAGCAUACAUUGAAAUGGAAAAAAGCAAAGUAAUAGUAUCAGUUUUUGAUCCAAGAGAGAUUCCAAACAGGUCGGAUUAUUCCUUAAAGGGUGAAAUUUAUUGUGAAUUUAAGUUUGCGCCAUUCAGUUGUAAAAAAAGAAGGUUACAUCAACAGGAUACUGAAGAAAAACAAUACAGUGUAAUAAUGAAACAAGCACUAGAGUCAACUGUAUGCCGUCACGAAUUUCCAAAUUUCCAGGUUGAUAUUUAUGCCAUGGUACUGCAUAAUGAUGGAUCUUGUUUAAGUGCAGCAAUAACUGCUGCUGGAUUGGCAUUAAGCCAUGCAGGAGUUCCUAUGUAUGACAUAAUAACAUCUGUCACUCUAGGCAUACAACAAGAUACUAUAUUUGUGGAUCCCAGUUGUAAAGAACAGAACAUAAGUCGGUUUCCUCUCUCUAGGGACACAAAGAAUAAUGACCAUGGAAUUAUAGUGAUAUCUAAGCUUCAUACACAUAAUCAGAUUUCACAUUUUUACCAGACAGGAAGUAUAUCCUUAGCCAAGGUGACAGAAGCUAUUGGAAUUGCUGAUAAGGCUUGUGAAGAAAUUGUUCCACUUAUUAAAAAAUGUUUAGUUAAGCAUGUAAUUAAGAAUUUAAAAAAUAGUGAGACUGUUGCUGAAUAAAUAAA